UUUAUUCUUCUCAACAUGGACAAGCUAUCUUCCUUACUAGUCUUAGUUUUUCUGAUUCUCUCUCCAAAUGGUUUCCUUGCACUGCAACGGCCAGUGAUGGCUCGGCCUCUCUAUACAAAUUCGCGUUGGGUUGUCGAUGAAAGUGGGCAAAGAGUGAAACUGGCGUGUGUGAACUGGGCGUCACACCUUGAUGCCAUGGUAGCUGAGGGUCUCAGUAAGCAGCCCUUGGAUGUGAUCUCAAAGCAAAUCAAAUCGAUGGGAUUCAAUUGUGUUCGGCUUACCUGGUCACUGUACAUGGUCACCAACGACUCCUUAUCUUCCUUAACUGUUCGGCAAUCAUUCCAAAGCCUUGGCCUUUUCGACACCCUUGCUGGCAUUGAAGUCAAUAACCCAUCUCUUCUUGAUCUUCCCGUCAUCCAAGCUUACCAGGUGGUGGUAUCUAAACUUGGGGAGAACAAUGUGAUGGUGGUACUAGACAAUCAUCUUAGCAAGCCUGGAUGGUGUUGCAGUAAUUGGGAUGGAAAUGGCUUCUUCGGUGAUCGUUACUUCAACCCGAAGAUUUGGCUUAAAGGGUUAACUGCAAUUGCGACUAUGUUCAAUGGGACCACCAAUGUGGUUGGCAUGAGUCUAAGGAAUGAGCUCCGGGGACCCAAGCAGAAUGCAAAAGAUUGGUACAGGUACAUGCAACAAGGAGCUGAGGUAGUACACAAAGCAAAUCCAGACGUUCUUGUUAUACUCUCUGGGUUAAGUUUUGAUAGGGAUUUUUCGUUCCUCGCCAAGAAACCAGUGAAGCUAUCGUUCAGUGGGAAGCUAGUAUUCGAGGUACAUUGGUACGCUUUCUCAGAUGGGGACAUUUGGGCGAAAGGAAACCCAAACCAGGUCUGUGGAAGGGUAGUGGAUGAUUUGAUGAAGAAAGUUGGGUUUCUACUUAAACAAGGAUGGCCUCUAUUUGUGAGUGAGUGGGGGGUGGAUCAAAGAGGGACGAACGUGAAUGACAAUAGGUACUUGAAUUGCUUCUUUGGAGUUGCAGCAGAAUACGAUUGGGACUGGGCGUUGUGGACAUUUGUGGGGAGUUACUACCUCAGAGAAGGGUCGAUGGAUAUGGAUGAGACUUAUGGUGUAUUGGAUUGGGGUUGGCAAGACGCUCGGAAUUCUAGCUUCUUAGAAAGACUUUCUAUUCUUCAAACUCCUUUUCAAGGACCAGGGAUUUCUAAUGUUAGGCCAUAUAAAAUAAUGAUCCACCCAUCGACAGGUCUUUGUGUCCACAGAAAGUCAUUAACAGAGCCAUUAAUGUUAGGCUCUUGUGCAGAGUCUGAAGGUUGGAGCUACACACCAGAGAGGAGUAUAGAGUUGAAAGGGACAAAUUUCUGCUUAAAAGCUGAUGGUGUGGGUAAGCCAGCAAAGCUUGGAACCUCAUGCACUACCUCAAAUUGGGACAUAAUAUCUGACUCCAGAAUGCACUUCUCUUCGAACCUCACCAAUGGAAGAAGAGUUUGCUUGGAUAUUGACUCUGAUAAUACUAUUGUCACUAAUUCAUGCAAGUGUUUGAGUAGAGACCCCAAGUGUGACCCUGGGAGCCAAUGGUUCAAGAUUGUUAAUAGCACAAGGGCAAUGGGUUCAUCAAAUGGAAUACUUCGUCUUCCAAGUUUACAUGGGAAGGAUCAGUUUCCAUUAGUGGAGAGUAUUGGAGUUCAAAUUGAGAAAGGAAGGAGCAGUCUAUGAGACAUGAGCGAAAUAAGCUCUGAUAC